CUCACUUCAGGAGGGGGAAGAGGAGAGCAGCUUUAGUUUAGACAGGCGGACGGGCAGCUGCUCAGGGGAAAUAUAUAUUUAAAACAAACUUUUGGAAGUGCUGACUGAUCAAGCUAGCACUGUUUGUUUUCUAAGAAGGGAAUGAAUCUCCUUUCACUUGUAGUUGUUUGCACCAUAACCGGUUUUGAGGAGGCGGUGAGGCGCGGCGGCAGAUGGGAACAUACAGCAGCAGCAGCAGCAGCAGCAGCAGCAGCGCCAAACUCACAAUGCGCCCGGAGUGAACAGAGGCAGGGAGACAAUACAGAUCCGCGGACACACUGAGGAGCUGCAAUCUCUCAUCUGGGCUCUCUUAUUUCUUUUUUUUUUUCAAAACCUGUCCCAGUGUGGCAUUUCUCUCCGUCUACGGCUGAUUUUGUGAUUGAUUGAGACAAAAUUGACUUCGCUACGAGUGUGCAAGUGGUCUGAUCUCCGAAACUCAGCCAUGACGUCUCCGGCGAAAUUCCGAAAGGACAAGGAGAUAGUGGCCGAAUAUGAAACUCAAGUUAAAGAGGUCCGAGCCCAGCUGGUGGAACAGCUCAAGUGUCUGGAUCAGCAGUGUGAGCUGAGGGUGCAGCUGCUGCAGGACCUGCAGGACUUCUUCAGAAAGAAGGCAGAGAUCGAGGUGGACUACAGCCGCAACCUUGAAAAGCUGGCCGAGAGGUUCCUCACCAAGACCCGCAGUACCAAGGACCAUCUUCUCAAGAAGGAGCACAGCAUUUUAUCCCCAGUGAACUGCUGGAACCUGUUGCUGCUUCAGGUGAAGAGGGAGAGCCGUGACCACGCCACACUGUCUGACCUCUACCUCAACAACAUCAUCCCCCGCUUCGCACAGAUCAGCGAGGAUUCUGGACGCCUCUUUAAGAAGAGCAAAGAGGUCGGCGUACAGCUGCAAGAGGACCUGAUGAAAGUUCUUAAUGAGCUUUAUACGGUGAUGAAGACGUACCACAUGUACAACACUGACAGCAUCAAUGCCGAGUCCAAGCUGAAGGAUGCGGAGAAGCAGGAGGAGAAGCAGAUGGGACGCUCCGGUCGACAACAAGACGACCGACAGACGCCACGUUCCCCUGACACCUUGACCAGCAUCAAGACCGACGAGAAGCCCGUCCGACGCUCCAGUGUCAAGAAAAUCGAGAAGAUGAAGGAGAAGAGACAAGCUAAGUACACAGAGAACAAGCUGAAGGCCAUCAAGGCCAGGAAUGAGUACCUGCUAGCUCUUGAGGCCACCAACAGCUGUGUCUUCAAAUAUUACAUCCAUGACCUCUCCGACAUCAUUGACUGCUGUGACCUAGGCUACCAUGCCAGCCUGCAACGCGCCCUGAGGACUUACCUAUCUGCGGAACAGAAUGUAGAGACGUCCAAACACUCCGGCCUGGAGACACUAGAGGGGGCCACAGAGAGUCUGGAAGCCAACGGAGACAAACAGAAGCUGAUGGAGACCUACAACAACGUCUUCUGCCCCCCAGCUCGUUUUGACUUCCAGUCCCACAUGGGAGACACGAUGGGAGUGGUGUGUGCACAGCAGCCGCUGGAAGUCGAGCUGCUCCAGAGGUGUCAGCAGCUGCAGUCUCGCCUCUCCACCCUCAAGAUUGAAAAUGAAGAGGUGAAGAAAACGAUGGAGGCCACUCUGUCCACCAUCCAAGACAUGGUGACGGUGGAGGACUACGACGUCUCUGAGUGCUUCCACCACAGCAACAGCAUGGAGUCGGUCAAGUCCACUUUCAGCGAAUCCUAUCUCAGUAAACCCAGCCUGGCCAAACGACGGGCCAAUCAGCAGGAGACGGAGCAGUUUUACUUCACGAAGCUGAAGGAGUUUCUGGAAGGCAGGAACCUGAUCACCAGGCUGGAGGCCAAGCAUGACCUCAUUGACAAGACCCUGGAAGAGAGUCAGAAGACUGACUGUUGCCUUUCCAGUGGACGGAGAAACUCGGCGGUACGGAAGCAGGAGUCUGGUGAGGCCAUUCCUCUAAUGGUCAAGAGCUGCAUCCGCUUCAUCAGUCGCCAUGGUCUGCAGCAUGAAGGCAUCUUUAGAGUGUCAGGCUCUCAGGUGGAAGUCAAUGACAUCAAGAAUGCCUUUGAGAGAGGUGAGGACCCGCUGGCAGGGGACCAGAAUGACCACGACAUGGACUCCAUUGCUGGCGUCCUGAAGCUCUACUUUAGAGGAUUGGACCACGCCCUCUUCCCUAAGGAAGUCUUCCAUGACCUCAUAUCCUGUGUCUCGAUGGAGAGCCUCCAUGAGCGGGCAGUCCACAUUAAGAAAGUUCUGCAAUCUCUGCCGAGCAAAACCCUCAUCAUUAUGAGAUACCUGUUCGCCUUCCUCAACCACCUGUCCCAGUACAGCGAGGAGAACAUGAUGGACCCCUACAACCUGGCCAUCUGUUUCGGCCCCACCCUGAUGUCUGUCCCCGAGGGCAACGACCAGGUCUCUUGCCAGGCCCACGUCAACGAGCUCAUUAAAACGAUCAUCAUCCACCAUAACACCAUCUUCCCCGGGCUACAGGAUCUACCGGGCCCCAUCUACUCCAUUCCUGGAGCUGGAGAUGACUUCUGUGACAGCCCACACUGUGAGCCCCCCCUUGUGGAAGAGCCUGCGCCUGAAACCGUCUCUGUCAGGCACAACAGCGAAGAUGGCUCCUUGGCUGUUUCAGAGUCUGAACCUUUCGAGGCCAUUGCUCGGUUCGACUACUCCGGCCGGACUUGUCGGGAGCUAUCGUUCAAGAAGGGCGCAUCUCUGCUUCUGUUCCAGCGAGCCUCUGACGACUGGUGGGAGGGACGACAUAACGGAGUGGAUGGACUGGUACCACACCAGUACAUUGUGGUCCAAGACACGUCUGACGGGGACAGGGGAAGUCCAAAGCCUGAUGUGGACAGCAGGGACCUGCUGGAGGAGAGAGUGUCUACUAGAGGCAAUGCUGCCUCUCCUACUGGAGCACACGUGGCUGACAUCUACCUGGCCAACCUGAACAAGCUGAGGAAGCGUCCAGAGUCUGGGAGCAUCCGAAGAGCGUUCCGGAGCUCAGAAAGCGACAGUACGAGUCCAGGAGCCAGUGGAGGGGGGGGAGGAGGGGUGAGAACUGCGUCUCUUCCUGUUGGUGGGGCUCUGGUGAAAGAAACUGGAGACAAACGACCCGUCAGCGCUCACAGCAUCCUCAACUCAGUCACUCGCCACUCCUCUCUCAAGACCAAGGUGGAGAGUCCACAGUUGCGCAAGACGACUACAGCAGGGCGCUCUAAGAGCUUCAGCAACCACAGACCACUGGACCCUGAGGUCAUAGCCCAGGUGGAGCACAGCUCACAGGACAUUGAUGCUGCGAUGAGCUCUGCCCUGAGUGAGUUCAGUAAGUUGGAGAGACAGAGCACCUCGAAACAUACACACACACCUGACGUGGUCCUGGACACACUUGAGCAGCUGAAAGGUGUGGGUGGUGGAGGAGGAGGAGGAGCCUCGGAGCCCUCCAGUCCACUCCACUCCCGUCUGUUACGGGACUGUGAGGGGGGCUCCUCACAUGCCCACCCACUUCAGCGCAGCGCCUCCUCCGCCAGCGACACGCCCUCCUCCUUUCGCCCGGUCAAGAGCCAGCCACGGAGCCCUCUGCCCUCUGCCACAUCCCCCUCUCUCUCCUCAUCUGUACCUUCCUUUAGAGAGCUGCGCCCCCCAGCAACUAGGCCCAAGCCAGUGGUGUUCCCAAAGAGCGGAGGUGGCAGUCCAGCCAUGGGUUCCCCGACCUCUACUGUGCCCCCUACACCUCCUCCUCCACUUACAGGCCACACACACUCUCUCCCUCACACCCCUCCUCCUCCACCUCCACCCCAGUCUAAUGACAAAUCCUGCCCGGCUUAGGACUUCUCGGUCCGAUCCAUGAUACUGAUUCUUACAUACUCUUUGAUUCUUACAGCUCUUCUACCAGGUGUUUCACAGAAGACCUAACCCACUACUCGUGUAGCAUUCAGUUCUUAGUGUCCGGGUGAGUUCUUAAGGCAUCAUGUUCUCUUUAGAGUGUCAAGAGUUUUUUCCGCCCCUUUACUGGCACCAAUGCUUACAGCAGGUAUCAGAGGGCGUAGAUUAGUGAACUCCCAUCAAAGACACUUCUUUUUCUUUUGCCAACGCAGAGAUCCAAGGCAUCACUGGAUUUUGAAUUUCUUUUUACAAGGGAACGGGACUCAGGAUGGAUACUUACAGACCUACAGCUUACAUACACUAGUUUGUGAUGUUUGGAAUUGUGUUUGAGUGGGUGUGCAGGAGUGUUACUUGCCUUUACACGCAGAUCUAAGUGUGGAACAAAAAACACUGUUUGAUUUUGUAUAGUAGACAUGACAGUUUUCCUUUUCUUUUUAGUGACCCAUGACUAGCGGACUGGAAGGGAGUGUUUGAUUCCUGAGAAUAGACUGUGAAAUGCUAAGCUCUCGCUCUGUGUAGAAAUGAAACACACUGACUUGCUGCUUCAGAAGUGGAAGACUGGAGAUAAAGGUGGACUUUUGAGAUGAUGAAAGGAAAGAAAACUGGGCCAAAUAUCAGUGUAUGUCAUGUGAUCGAGAGCUUUAUUUGAUCUCUUCCUCCAGUGUUUGAUAUGUUGGUGAUUUAUUUUUUUGAAUUAUUAUUACUGUUCAGUACUAGGACAACAACAAGAGCAUAGCAGGAGCAGUGCUCUCCAAAACUGUACAUGGCCAACAGUAGUUCUAAUUACACAUAUAGCAAUACAGAUCAUGAAAGCUGGUAGUUUGAGGCAUUAUGCUGCUUCUCUCCUGCAGCCCUAUUAUGUAUGUAGGGGACCACUGAAACCCAGCAUUUUUAUAGGUAAUGUUGGACUGUACACAUGCACACACAUUCUCUUCAAAUGUGUGUGUGUUGGUGUUUUGUGGCAGCUAAACGCCUUUCAGGUUUUCCUUGCAUGCUGGGGCCAUAGACAGCAGCCAUUAUGGUGAGCUGGCUGAUUGCAUCAGUUUAUAUAUCUGCAGUACCAGCCACAGGACAACAUCAAACACAGUUACAGCUUGCUUCUUUAACUAAUAAACUUCAGACUUAACAGUAAAAAGGGUUAUAUUAUUCUAAUGGUGUGUAUGUAUGUUUAAUAAUCAUGAUGAUAACUGGAAGCAUGGAGCUGAGGAUCCUCUUGAGUGUGUUUAGAUAGAAGCACAACCAACCACCUCAUCCAAUGCGUUCUUAAGCAAAGUUUGCUUUUGUUUUACUUUUUGUUCCCAGUUGUUAAUUAAUGCUCAGAAUCUGUAAUGGUAAAAUGUUGAACUGUGUAGCUGUCUGGGUGUGUGCAUGUGUGUGUGUGUGUGUGUGUGUGUGUGUGUGUGUGUGUGUGUGUCUGUGUGAACAUGCAUGGAUGUAUAGUAUGUAUGCACCUCACCCCCCCACCCAGUGCCCACCCAUCAUAAAGGGAUGCCACCCGACAGCAGCUGUCUAGAGACAGACAGGAAAACACUUCUCCCAUGUUCUGGAGUACCAGCAGCCUUAGUGCUGAAUAAAUAUGCACUGUGUACAUGUGACCAGCUAAAAAGCCUGCAGGUAUAGACAUAUGUUGUCUCAUCUUCAGUUACUGCUGUAGCAAAACCAGUAGCGGACCAGCUUCCAAGUAGAAAGAGGACAAGAAAACCCAAAUACAAGGACUUAAACUUGUAUUUUUUUUAUUGUAUUAUUUGCUAAAAUGUACCUUAUGUACCCAAAACUAGAUCUGAGGAUGAAUUAAGGAAUAUGUGAAUCAUUUUGCAAACACUGACUUCAAAAGUGGACAGGAUCGUUCAGGGUAAACUGAAUCCCUUUUUGUUGUAGUUCACCUUUUUGAAACUGUAUUGAACUAAUUUCACUGAGGCGUCCUCAUAUUCCCCUCUCUCACACCUUUCCCCUUCUCCCAGAAAUACAGCCCAUACUGCAUUCCUGUAUGCUCUCUACCAGGUAAUGAAUUAUACUUGUUAAGGUUUAUUUUUUAUCUCUGUAUACUGUUUGUGUAUUACCUGGUGUAUUUGUGUUGCUCUUACCUCAUCAUGACAACUGGAGGGACUGUGACUGUGUGUGUUUGUGGUGAGAAAGGAACUCAUCUAAUGAACACACACUCUCACACAUACAGACAUGCAUGUGGUUGGUUGGUGUGUUAUGUCCCGGCUGUGCUGUUAAGGGGAGCUGGGACCCUCUUCGAUCUCAAAUCAAUCAGUGGCACUUGAACAAAUUGGCUUGCGUGUGGACUAACUGUGUGGGGAUGAUUUGUCAGAAUUGAAUAUUGUUAAAUAUGCAUUUUAGUGUCCAUUUGAAAACAGCAGAACUAAAAAAAAAGACUGUAAUGUCAAAUCUAUUUAUAGUUGUCUCUGUAUUACUGGAGAAUCCUGUGUUCCGAUGUACUUUGUAUAUACAAUGUUGUACAUUACAGAGGUACACUCUUUUUUGGUACAAUAUUGUACAGUAAUAGCAAUAGUAGUUUAAUCGAAUAGGCCUUAUAUAAUUCUAUGUGUAGUUCUUGUAGUAGAUCUGUUUUUUUUAAUAAACAUUGCUUGCUAUAAAGA